UUCUUCCUCAAAAAUGACUCCAAAAAUCGCAAUAAUCGGCGAAGGAGUAAUCGGAUGCUCUACGGCUCUUCAGGUGGCUCAGGCUGUACCAGAUGCUCGGGUUACUGUACUUUCGGACCGUCCAUUUGAACAAACGUGUAGUUUUGGACCAGCUGGGUUGUUUAGAAUUGAUGACAUCGCGAAUCGCGAAUUCGGAAAAUCCACUUUUGACUGGUUUGCACACUUGCAUCGCACUGAAAAAGGUGACAAGACAGGUGUGAAGCUUCUCUCUGGACACAUUCAGUCAGAUUCCAAGGAACGGCUGGAGCAACAACAGAAAGCCUACGGGGAUAUCGUGUACAAUUUCAGAUUUUUGGAAAAACGAGAAAUUCUGGAUUUGUUCCCCAAUCCGUCAGAACACUGUAUUCACUACACUGCAUUUGCAUCGGAAGGCAAUAAAUAUGUUCCUUAUCUAAAGUUUCAGUGCCAGGCUCGAGGAGUCGAGUUUUUGCACAGAAAAGUGCGCGAUUUAGAAGAGCUGGCCAACGAGGGCUAUGACGUCAUUGUGAAUUGCGCCGGGCUCAGUGGGGGCACUUUGGCUGGAGACGACGAUUCUGUCUAUCCAAUUCGUGGAGUUGUACUUGAUGUUGAAGCUCAUUGGCAUAAGCAUUUUAAUUAUAAGGAUUUCAUCACUUUUACUAUUCCAAAGGAGAACAGUGUUGUAAUCGGCUCGGUGAAGCAGGAAAACCGCUGGGAUCUGGAAAUUACGGAUGUAGACCGGAAAGAUAUUUUGGAAAGAUACGUUGCACUGCAUCCGGCUAUGAGGGAGCCAAAAAUCUUAGGGGAGUGGUCAGGGCUCAGACCAGCUCGGAAGACUAUUCGGAUUGAGAAAGUGGAGAAAAAAUCGGAAAAAUCUGGAAAAAAAUAUACUGUAGUCCACCACUAUGGCCACGGUGGCAAUGGAUUCACAUUGGGAUGGGGCACUGCAGUUGAAGCCACCAAAUUGGUGAAAUCCGCUCUAAAUUCUUCGAAACUGUGAUUUAUUCUGUUUGAAAACCUGUUUUAUUAUUAAAAUAGAUAAUUGAUUA